GCAAGCCCAAAACGCCUGCUCUUUUGUUUUCUACAGGCAGGUUAUAAAUAUUUUGAAAAGAUAUAAUAGUUUUUUUUAAUGAAAUGUUGACAUAAACUAAGAGUUCAUUAACAUAAAUGAAUCAAAUUCUGGGAAGGGACAAAAGGGUUCAAAAAAAUCUAUUUUGGACCCAUGUGUAUUUUUGUUUAAAAAUUAAAACAAAAAAUAUCGAAAAUAGGGAGAAAAGACUAAGUAAUCCAGAAACUUCAACUUAUUUACAAACCCAACCACCAAAACCCAUUAACCCGACCCGACCCAACUUGGAAACCCUAAAUUCCCAAUUUCAUCUUCUCCUACUCACGAUUUCAAACUCUCUCUCUCUCUCUCUCCCAUAACCACCACGAUCCUUUCAAACUCCCAUCUCUAUUCAAACUUAGAUUCAAGCAUAAUUAUCUCUAAACAACAAUCCUCAUCUCCAAUUUCGUGUGUGCAAUGUCGCCAAAAACUCGGCUCGCCGAGAUGAAAGAAAAAGCGAAAGCGUCGGAGAAGAAGAAGAACGCCGGCGUGAAAAGAAGACAACAAGCAGCAGCGAAAAGGAGAGCCGCCAUUAAGAAAAGGAGAGAAGCGGCGAAGAGGAGUGAAACCGCAGAGAAGAAGAGGAAGCGAGACAGUGGUCUCGACGGUGGGUCCUCGUCGAAUCCAACCAAGAAGACUCGGAACCGUGUGAUAGAAACCGCAGCAUCUCCACCGGAACAUCAAGGCGUUCAUGCCCCCACACCAGCAGCAGAAUUGCUUUCUCAGGGCGAUAGCGAAGGUACACCACGCCCAGUGAUUCCGAGUCAGCCACAAAAAUCACCAACACCAACUCAUGCAGCGAGUGAGGCCGAGAAUCAACAACAACCUCGAGUAAUCUCAGGCUCUUCCACAAAGAGUCCUUCACAUCGUGUAGACGAGCAGAACGGUGAGGAGAUUGGAUCUAACAACAGAGAUUCAAACGCACCCGAGGUUGCCGUUGAGAAUGACGCGCCAAGAACGGUUGAGAGGGAUGAUAUGACCGUAGAAGCUGCCAGACCUACUGGUUUUUUCUUCAAACCGAGCGACUAUGGAAAGAGUUGCAAGCUCUCCUCAAGGUGCCAUCAACACGAUUUUCUGAAGAUGAUUAAAAAGUUUGAGGACUCAGAGAAGAGUUGGUUUCAGGAUCAUCCUCAGUUCAAGCAUAUAUUCCACAUGGAUUGUACCCCAACAAGAAAAGUGAUGGGAUUGUGGAUGUUGCUACUUCGUACUAUGCAUACAGGAAAGGGUCGACAAGCUUGGUUUGGGGUAAACGGUGUUCCAAUAAGAUACUCCAUCAGGGAACAUAGCCUCCUCUCUGGUUUAUAUUGCCACUCAUAUCCAGAAAACUAUCCGAGCAUAGGGAGGAUGAAGUUUGCGAGAAAGUAUUUUAAGGUGAAGAAGACAAAGGAUGGGAAGGAAAAAGGUCUGCAAGUGACAGAAGCGGAUGUCUUAGAGAAACUUCAGAAGAUGAAGUUUGAUGGUAGUGGUGAUCGUCUGAGGAUGGCGGUUCUUUACUUUCUGGCUAGAGUUUUAAGAGGAAGGUCAAAAAAAGGAUACUUCAUUGAGUAUUUCAUUCUCCAAGCAGCAGAAGAUCUGGAGUUUUGCACCGAAUUUCCAUGGGGCCGUUACACAUUUGAUGAUUGCAUGAAGGAGAUUUUUCAUGUGAGGGAUCAGUUUCGUGAUGGUCUCGCAGAGAAGACACAGUGGGUAUUUCCUGGGUUUAUCAACCCUUUGGAGAUAUUAGCAUUUGAAUGUAUCCCUGUCCUUAGAGAGAGAUUCAGAGAGCCUGUUCCAAACUGUCCUGAUGGUUGUCCAAGAAUGUGCAAAUGGAAGUUCAAGAGGACCGGAACAACAGGAUUUCCACUUGACAAGAUUUAUCGGACGUUAGGAAACACAAAGGAGAUUAUCAGUAUUUUAGAACCACAAGGAUAUGAAGCAGACCUUUUGUAUGAAAUAAUGGAUGAAGGGACUUAUGAAGACUUGGAGCUGAUAGAUGAUUCGGAUACGCCAGACAUAGCUGUUGACAGUUGGAACAAGAUCCUACUAGAACCAGGGAGUAAAAUUUUCUGGCCGGAUCUAUUCGAGAUGGAUGUGAGAACCCGAGAGCAACAAGAGCAAGCAGAAGGCGAGGCAGGAGGCGAGGCAGGGGGUGAGGCAGGGGGCGAGGCAGGAGUUGAGGCAGGGGGGGAGGCAGGAGGCGAGGCAGAGGUUGAUGAAAAGGCUGCUGCAGAGAAAGCUGCUGCAGAGAAAGCUGCUGCAGAGAAAGCUGCUGCAGAGAAGGCUGCUGCUGAGUUAGCUGCUGCUGAAAAGGCAGCUAGUGAUAAGGAAAAAGUUGGUGAUCAGAAGGAGACCAGGCCAAAGAGGACCCAUAAACCUUCUCGUCCGCUCAGGUCUCCGUAUCAGAAAAACUAAUAGCUAUUUGGAAUAGCUUUUAAGAACUAAAACUUAUGUUCCAACUAAAACUUAUGACUUAUGUUUCUGUUGUGUUAAAACUUAUGACUUAUGUGGAUGUUGUGUUAAAACUUAUGACAUAUGUUUAUGUUCCUGUUUCUGUUGUAUUAGGACCGUUGUAUUAUGCUAAAACAGGUAUUAUGGAAUCA